AUGCCGCCACAUCUACAUCCUCGGUCGCGGUCAACCACCGGCCUAUUCGCCGGCACCCUCCUCGCAUCUCUCCUAGUUGUCGGCAUGCCGCACGUCUUCCCUUGUCCGUCCCCACGACGCACUUUUGCCGAUUCGGAGAUGAGUAUGACAGCCGAUGGACAACCAGCACCACGUGUCCGACGCAGACGACGGAAGGAUCUUGAAGCAGUCCCAGAGGGCAGUCAGCCGGGUCAGGCCACGCCAGUUGUUGACGAGGAGGUCUCGACAUUCCUUCAGAUGGAGAAGGAAGCAGAGGAACUCUCACACAUCAAUCGAGAAUGCCCCGUCCCUAAACCCAAGGGGGUUAUAGGGGAAUUGCUGGGCUUCCGAGCGAAUUCCCAGCACCAGCCAACCGCGCUGCCUGAAGGAGACCCAUAA